AGCGCACGGGGCAUCGACGUCUCGGCGACGGCAAGUCUGCCUGCGGCGGAGGCGGCUGCCGGCGCCGGCUCCCCCGCGGAGCCCCCUCCCUGGCGGCACGCGGCGCUCUCCCGGGAGUCGUCGCGCUCCUCCGAGUCCACGGAGCGGCCAGGCCGUGGCCCGCGCAUCAGCUUCGGCCGCGGCGAGGUGGGCACCUACUUCGGAGACGCGACGCGCAGCCCCUCGCUGCCGCGGCUGCCAGAAGACCCGCUGCCGCCGGAGGGCGCAGGACCUCCAGCCCGGUCGCGGCCCCCGCGCUCGGCUGGCAGCUUCGGCGACGCCGCGAGGGGCUCCGAGGACCUGGCCGGUGGCGCAGCUGCCUGGUCGCAGCGGUCCUCCCCGAAGCUCUCCUCGAUCGCCCCGG